AUGGCCGAAUCAGCGUCAGAGUCUCCCGUAAUUAUCCCCAUCCUGGGCCAGCCCAGCAUCGUGGUCGACAAUGGCCUCUGGGCAGAUUACAUCGUACAGGACCUAUUGAACAAUGUCGCCUCGUCCACGUACGUCCUCAUCACUGACACGAACCUGCACAACACCUACGUGCCGCGAUUUCGAGCGAGUUUUGAGAACAUCACCAAAGGCCAAAGCGCCCGUCUUCUCACGUACACGAUCCCACCUGGCGAAGCUUCCAAGAAUAGAGAAACAAAGGGCGAGGUCGAGGACUGGAUGCUUUCACAGCAAUGCACGCGCGACACAGUCAUUGUUGCUCUUGGAGGCGGUGUCAUUGGCGACAUGAUCGGCUACGUUGCCGCCACGUUCAUGCGCGGCGUCCGCUUCGUGCAGAUUCCGACCACGCUACUGGCCAUGGUCGACUCGUCCAUUGGUGGCAAGACGGCCAUUGACACCCCCAUGGGCAAGAACUUGGUUGGAGCUUUCUGGCAACCGCGGAGAAUCUACAUCGAUCUGCAGUUCCUAGAGACCUUACCCGUCCGCGAGUUUAUUAAUGGGAUGGCCGAGGUGGUCAAGACGGCCGCCAUCUGGAACGAGACUGAAUUCGAAUUUCUGGAAGCAUCUGCCUCCAAGAUCCUUGCCUGCGUCCGAUCGCGGGCUACCGACCGCCUGAUGCCAAUCAAAAAUACGCUGAAGCGCAUCGUUGUGGGCUCUGCCGGUGUCAAAGCCGAGGUCGUCUCCAGCGAUGAGCGGGAGGGUGGCCUUCGCAAUCUCCUCAACUUUGGUCACUCCAUUGGCCACGGUAUCGAGGCCAUCCUCACGCCACAGCUACUUCAUGGUGAAGCUGUCGCCAUUGGUAUGGUCAAAGAAGCAGAGCUGGCCCGCCACCUGGGCGUUCUGCGCCCCGAGGCCGUCGCCAGGCUGGUCAAGUGCAUCGCGGCAUACGGCCUACCUAUCUCGCUACAAGACAAGCGCGUGCAGCGCCUGACCGCAGGCAGGCUCUGUCCUGUGGACGUGGUCCUCCAGAAGAUGGCCGUUGACAAGAAGAACGACGGUCUGAAGAAGAAGAUCGUACUCCUAUCCGCCGUUGGAAAGACGUACGAGCCAAAGGCGAGUGUCGUGGACGAUCAGAGCAUCAGAACCAUUCUCUCACCGGCUGUCGUCGUCUCGCCCAUGGUGCCUACCGAUCUCAACGUCACUGUAAGCCCACCGGGCUCUAAAAGCAUUUCCAACAGAGCACUGGUCCUCGCCGCGCUCGGUUCUGGGUCCUGCAAAAUUAAGAACCUGCUGCACUCAGACGACACAGGCUACAUGCUUUCCGCUAUUGCCAAGCUUCGCGGCGCCUCGUACUCUUGGGAGGCUGGGGGUGAACUUCUGGUUGUCAAUGGCAACGCCGGCAAGCUGAGUUCGAGCAGCGAAGAGCUCUACAUUGGAAAUGCCGGAACCGCUUCCCGUUUUCUGACCACCGUUGCCGCGCUCUGUUCGCCUAGCGAUGCUGCCAAGUCCGUUGUUCUGACCGGCAACUCUCACAUGAAAGCGCGCCCCAUUGGCCCGCUCGUCGAUGCGCUGAGGUUAAAUGGAGUGUCUAUCGAGUACAUGGAGCAGGAGAAGAGCUUACCCCUGAGGAUCGGCUCCUCUAGUGGGUUCGAAGGAGGAGUCAUCGAGCUCGCCGCCACGAUCUCAUCUCAAUACGUCUCGUCGAUCCUCAUGGCCGCUCCUUAUGCCAAGAACCCUGUCACUCUGAAGCUCGUUGGCGGGAAGCCCAUCUCGCAGCUGUAUAUCGAUCUCACGGUCGCCAUGAUGAAGUCGUUUGGCGUUUCCGUGACGGCGUCCACCACAGAACCGCAUACGUACCACAUCCCGCAGGGCACGUACAAGAACCCCCCAGAGUACGUAAUUGAAGGCGACGCAAGCUCGGCAACAUAUCCGCUGGCCAUGGCGGCCAUUACGGGAACUACCUGCACGAUCCCCAACAUCGGCUCGGCCUCGCUCCAGGGAGACGCGCGCUUCGCCGUCGACGUUCUCCGUCCUAUGGGCUGCACCGUCGAACAGACGGAGACGUCGACAACCGUCACGGGACCGAAGCUUGGGGCACUGAAGCCUUUGCCACAUGUCGACAUGGAGCCUAUGACAGAUGCCUUCUUGACCGCCUCUGUCUUGGCUGCUGUUGCUGGUGGCAAAACACAAAUCACAGGCAUUGCAAACCAACGAGUCAAGGAGUGCAACCGCAUCGCGGCCAUGAGAAUACAGCUGGCCAAGUUCGGUGUCAAGUGUGCGGAGCUCGAUGAUGGUAUCGAGGUUUUUGGUAUCGCACCAGGCAAUCUCAAGACACCAGCCAAGGGCAUCUUCUGCUAUGAUGACCACCGUGUAGCCAUGAGCCUGAGUGUCUUGUCUGUUGUGGCCCCAGCUGGUGCCGUCAUCACUCAGCAGGAUUGCGUUGGCAAGACCUGGCCUGGCUGGUGGGACACCAUGUCCCAGUCCUUCAAGGUCCGCCUGGAUGGCACGGACAAGUGCAAGGCCGAAGAAGAGGAUAUACCGGCAGCCGCAGGCGCAGAUGGUCGCUCCGUAUUUCUCAUUGGCAUGCGCGGCGCCGGCAAGACUACCGCCGGAAACUGGAUCGCAAAGAGCCUCGGCUGGAAAUCAGUCGACCUUGACCAUGAGCUCGAGCGCCGCUGUGGUCAGUCCAUUCCAGAGAUUAUCGCGAAACACGGCUGGGAGGGAUUCCGUAAGCAGGAGCUUCAGUUGCUCCAAGAUGUCGCGGAAAAGCAGCCCCUCGGCUACGUUUUCUCCUGUGGCGGUGGAAUCGUGGAAACCCCCGAGGCGAGAGACCUUCUUCAGGGCUACGCUGGCAGCGGAGGCAAGGUAAUAUUGAUCCAGCGCAACAUCGACGAAGUGAUGCAGUACCUGGAGAGAGACAAGUCGCGACCUGCAUACAGCUCGGAAAUUAGGGGCGUGUAUAAUCGCCGCAAGACUUGGUACAAGCAAUGCAGCAACUACAGCUACUACAGUAUCCACACCAACGAGCCCACCGGCAAAAGCCUCAUCCCGAACGAUUUUGUCCGCUUUGUGUCGACCGUCUUUGGCAAAGCCACGCAGCUUCCACAAUUACGCAAAAAGACGCAAAGUUUCUUCGUUUCUCUAACACUCCCGGACUUAUCUACCGCUACCAACAUACUGCCCAAGGCAGUUGUUGGCUCGGAUGCUGUCGAGCUCCGCGUCGAUCUCCUGAAGAGCCAAGACAUAGAUUUUGUGACGGAGCAGGUAUCAAUCCUCAGACAGCAUACAGGCCUACCCAUCAUCUUCACGGUUCGUACCGUGUCGCAAGGCGGAUCGUUCCCUGAUGAUUCCAUUGAAGCUCUACUAGCGCUGUAUCAUCUUGGUUUGCAGCUUGGCUCGGAAUAUCUCGACGUGGAAAUCACGGCACCAGAUGAGAUACUGGAAUCUGUCAGCUCUGCACGAGGCCAUACAAAGCUGAUUGCUUCGCACCACGAUCCUCGUGGUGCGCUCUCAUGGCGAAAUGCUUCUUGGAUCGCACACUACAAUCGCGCUCUGCAGUACGGCGACAUCAUCAAGCUCGUGGGUAUAGCCCAGAAAGUCGAGGAUAAUUUUGAUCUGCUUCGAUUCAAGUCCAGGAUGGCAUCCGAUCAAGGCCCACCUCUCAUCGCCGUCAACAUGGGGUCGGCUGGCCAGCUCAGCCGCGUGCUGAACGGAUUUCUGACGCCUGUAUCGCACCCAGCACUGCCAUUUAAAGCUGCCCCUGGGCAGCUGAGUGCUUCGGAGAUUCGGCAAGCGCUUGCACUUGUCGGAGAAUCGAAGUCCCUCAACUUUCAUCUCUUCGGAAAGCCCAUUUCGCAGUCGCGAUCGCCUGCGCUCCAUAACGGGUUGUUCGGCCAAUGCGGCCUCCCUCACCAGUACCAUCUCUUGGAAACAGACAACGUAGCGGACGUAAAAGCUACGCUGCGGGAUCCUAGCUUUGGUGGUGCAUCUGUCACCAUUCCUCUCAAGCUCGAUAUCAUCGACGAGCUAGACGACCUCACAGAAGCGGCACGUACAAUUGGCGCCGUCAAUACGGUCAUACCAGUAUUUGGUACUGCAGAAGAUGGCACACCGCGUCUCCUCGGAGACAAUACGGACUGGAAAGGAAUUGCAUAUGCACUCCGGGAGGGGGGGCUUAGGGAGGUCUCCAGCGAGUCUGCUGCCAUGGUGGUCGGGUCAGGCGGGACUACAAGGGCUGCGGUGUUCGCGUUGCACUCUCUCGGAUUUAGCCGCAUCUACGUGGUUGGGCGCACGGCCAAGAACGUUACGGCUAUGAUUGCAGAUUUUCCCAACAGCUACAACUUGCAGGCUGUCACAGAUGCCGCAACAAUCACAACGCUACCCAACGUGAUUGUCAGCACGAUUCCUGGCGACAAGCCCAUCGACCCUGUGACCGAGAAGGUCAUCAGUGGAGUUGUCAACGCCUCUGCUACAGCCUCACAACAGCGUGUCCUUUUGGACAUGGCGUACAAGCCUCGCGAAACCCCAGCUGUGAAACUGGCUGAAAGCGCUGGUUGGCCUACCAUUCCCGGACUUGAGGUUCUCGCGUCUCAAGGCUGGUACCAGUUCCAACUUUGGACGGGCAUCUCCCCACUGUACAAUGAUGCUAGACAGCUCGUUCAGGGGGGUCAGUAG